AUGAUCGAUGGUUUUGAGGAAGAGACCAGAAAGGAGUGUAUGGUGAUGGCAAACCAGAGAAAGCGUGCAAUGUGGCGCCUAACAGAUAAGGGAGAGAGGUGGUUACUUCAAAGAAACAGAGGAACAGGAGACAAGGAAAAAGGGAAAAAGGGAGACUUCCAAGAGCCUAAAGGGGUUGGACAACACGACGGCAACUCCCACGGCCCAACAACACAACACAGUCACUGGCAGAGCAACACGAUCCAGGGACGGGAGCGGGAUCACGGUCCGGGUCAAUACAACUACAACACUCCAAGCACAAGGGAGAGAGGGGUUGCCCCCAUUCACUUCAUCCUCAGCAACAAAGACUGUGAUGCGCCCGGGUGA